CAGAUUGAGCCAUUGAAAAAAAUUCCAGAUUUGAACCCCAAUUAUCUUACAGCUUAUUUGCAUAGUCUUUUAAUUUAACAUAAGAAUGGCGAGCCCUUGAAACAUUUUUUUUUCUACCCUGUAAACGUUUCUAGUUUUUUUCCCCUCCAAUUUUGUGAGUGUGUUUCUGUUACAACUUCAUUUUGUAACAAUAGUUAUGAUGCCAAACAUUAUUUGUAGCAAAAGUUACAACUUUGUUUAUUAAGUAAAUAAACUUUCACUGCAUAAUCCUUUUUUCAAUCGCUUGCAAAAUCUUCCACGGCUGAAUAAACUAAAUCUCUAUCUGGGUAGAUAGAGGCGGCAUGUUCUUUUGAUUUUAUUACUUUUUUCUGAGGAAGAGAUCUUUUUACCGCGAGAAUUUAAAAGCUGGAUGAGUAUUAAAUUUGAAAAUUAUUUUUCAAGUUUGAUAAUUUUUUAUCGGACUCGUUAAAACAUAAUCGACGAUUUGGAAUUCGUAUUCAGAAUUCUUGUUUGUGUUAAGCGAACAGAAAAAAAACUAGAGAACGGAGUGUUCUAUGUAUGAUAACGUGUAUUUUGGAAUUCUUUUUGUAUGUAAAUAUGUUUUCAAGAGGAAAGAUUACCCCUCAAAGUUGUAUUUCUAGAAGUGAAGAUGAAAAUGUGCCCGAUUUCAAGUACCUUGUUUCCUUUUUAGAAAUGAAGUUUAAUGUAUUAUCUGAUUAUUUAUUAGAUGUUAAUGGCUUUCUGAAGUGCAUCUAUUUUCAAGAUACAUUUAUGAAAGACGUUUUUAAUUUUUAUCCGGAUCGUCUUUGCAUAGAUGUUUCUUAUAAAUAUUUUGAGACCGAUAUUUUUAUGUACUUAUUUUUGGCAGAAGAUUCAAACGGAAAAAAUUAUGUAGUGUCGCUGGGCUUCACAGUUGUAGAGGAUGCCGAAUCCCUUACAUGGUUAUUAAAUACAUUCAAAAAGAACAAUCCUAAUUGGCGCCGUGUAAAAAUUAUUAUUCUAGAUUCUGAAAUAAAGCAAAGAGAUGUGAUACACAAUACAUUUCCUGGGCCUUAUGUUAUAAUAACUUUAUAUCAUGCAUUAAAAUCAUUUGAAAAAGGUCUUGAAAUUAUCAAAGAAUUGAAUAAUAUAACAGAUGAGCAGGUUCAGAUAUCUUUAGAAUUAUUUAAAAAUAUGCUUAUCGUUCACCGUCAAGCAGACUAUGAAUUAUACUAUCAACAAUUUUUAUUGUUGCCCGAUUCUAUUGUAUCUUAUUUUCUUGAAUUUUGGCUGCCUUUACAAAGUCAGUGGAGAAUUAGGCUUGAUUACUGCCAUGAGAAUUUAUUUAGCUCUUUGAACUCUUAUCUAGAUUAUCUUGAAAGUUCUGUAAAAUUGGCUUUUACUGUUGAAAAUUUUAUAUUUAAAUGUAUUAAGAAAAUAUUUCUAAUUUUAAACUUAAAAAGGAAAGAAAGAGUUAAUUUAGUUUUGUAUACUAAUCCAUUAUUGUUUUCACGCUUUUCUGCUGAGUAUCAAAUCUCUAAAGUACUUACACCAUAUGCUGCAAAAUUUGUCAUUGAUCAGUUUGAUCUGUCGUCAGAAAUACAUAUGGACUGCAGUGUUAUGUCAGACAAUUACUUUUUUGAUAAUUUUGGUUCUCCAGUUAAUGCUUCUGCUUCUAUGUGCUCAUGUCACUUCUUUUUGUAUACAUUUCUACCUUGCCGUCAUAUUUUUGCUGUCAGAAAAACUCUUUCCAUCAGUGCCUUUGAUGAAAUGUCUAUAGAUUAUACAUGGAGUAUGAAAUAUUACCAGAGUACUUUAUUAACUUUUAAAGAUAUUUUAAAUCAAUAUCCAGAAAGUAACAAACAAGAUCUAGCUGUGUCAAAAAAUAAAAGAUCUUCACACUUAUUAGGAUCAGCAUUAUCUUUAUUUCUUAAAUCUCCUGAAUCAGUGUUUGAAUCUUGUAUGGAAAAUCUGAACCAGCUUGUCAGUUUAUGGAAAAAAAACCAGAAUGUUUACCUUCAGUUUUCUGGAAUAGAAUAUGAAGUUUCCUGUGAAAAAGCUAUUAAUUCUGGAAACAAUUUUCAGAAUGUUCCAUUUUCUGCAUCAAAUACAACAGAAUCGUGUCAUGCUGCAGUUUACCCACCUAUAUCAAUAACUUCAGAUAACUUAUGUGACAAAGGCAUUAUUGAUUUCAAACAAAAUGUAUGGGAUUUUAAAAGUAAGAUUUUGGAUGGAAAAUAUAUUAACUAUGCAUAUUUAUGCAGAGUCAUUUGCCGGACAAAAGAUAGCUGUUUAUAUUGGCUCAGGCAGAUGGAAUUGAUUCCCAGUUCUGUUAUGUGCCCGUCAUGUAAUUGUGAGAUGGUAAUCAAGUCUGUUCCUCGACUUUCGGAUGGAGCUGUUUGGGUAUGCUCAAAUAUGAUGGCAAGUAAGAGGAAUUGCUCUAGACGCUGUUCAGUUCGUCAAGGCUCUUGGUUUGAACUCACCAAUAUGACUUUUGAACAGAUAUUAGCCUUCACCUAUAUGUGGAUAAAUCGAUUCAGCCAAAGUCAAAUUCUCUCAGAGACCGGUAUUUCUGCUGCUACUUACAUUUCUUGGAACAAGCUCAAUCGAAGAGUUUGUGAGGAAGUUUUGUUGGAAGAAGGCAGUUUUUCUAACGAUGCUAAGGUGGUGCCAUCAACUUCUUCUGAAGUUUUGGAUGUGUGGUUAAAAAGCUGUGGAGAUGAAGAUGUGUUCUUGAAAUUUCUGCAAGAUGCAAAUAUGAUGCAUCGUAAAGAUUCUCUGAAGCGCAUCAUGCGUUAAAUAUCGUUUCUGUUAUAUUUAUAUUUUAAUUUUUGCUUCAGUAUAUUUAAUCUUUUGACAUUUUUAUUUGCAAAGAUCAUAUCUUUGAGUUAAUAUCGUUGUAAAUUAUCUUGCUAAAUUUACUUUUGUAUAAUAUAAUUUUAAUAAUAAUUCUUUUGUAAUUGUGUGUUUCAUAAGCUAAAAUUCCAAAUAGUAAAUGUUAUUGUAUAAAAAGUCAUUACAUCUGAAUGUAAACAGUUAUUACCUAGUCAUUAUUACUUCGUAUUAUUUUUUUGUAUGUUAACUUUGUUUUAGUUAUUUCAUUCUAAAUAUAUGCAUUAUGAUUUGUUAAAUUAUUUUCUAAUUUUAAUACACAAGAAGUGUUCACAUAAAUAUUUCUAGUACUUUUUUCAUUUUAAAAUCUAAUAAUGAUAUAUUGCUGUUGCUUCUAAAUGAGCAUUUUCUAUUAAUUUUAUUUAUUCUGUUGUACUUCAGCAUAAGAGUUUUUAAUAUAUUAUUUGU